GGACAGGUGUGAGAUAGUUUGAAUCAGACAAGUUGAAGGAGGAUUUUUAAAGCUGAAAAUAUGUGUUUUGGAAGUUGUGCUAGAUGUGUUGGUUAUAAGUUGCUCAUCCUUGCCCUCCUCUGCAUUGUGGCCAACACUUUACUUUAUUUUCCCAAUGGUGAAACAAGAUUUGCUUCAGAGCAUCACCUCAGCAAAUACGUGGAGUGCCUUCAUGGCAUUCUAGGUGGAGGUUUUCUGGUACUCAUUCCAGCUGCAGUGUUCAUUGGGCUUCACAAUGACGACUGCUGUGGGUGCUUUGGCCAUGAUGGCUGUGGAAAGAGCUGUGCGAUGCUGUCCUCAGUUGUGGCAGCCUUUGUUGGCAUCCUUGGCUCUGGAUACUGUAUAAUCAUUUCAGCGCUGGGCUUGUCUCAAGGACCUUAUUGUCUUACCCACCUAGAAAGAAACUGGAUCUAUCCUUUCACUGACUCCACUGGAGGGUACUUGUUUGAGUAUAACAAGUGGUCUGAAUGUCAGGAACCUCAAAACAUCGUGCAGUGGAACGUCACCCUCUUUUCCAUCCUGCUUGUUUUGGGAGGAAUAGAAUUCAUUCUGUGCUUCAUACAGAUAAUCAAUGGGAUUCUUGGAGGACUGUGUGGGUUGUGCUGCAGUCAUGAGGAGGCCUUGUUAAAUAGUUUGGACAUAUUCCAAAAUCAGUACCAGAGUGCUAGUGUUGAAAAAAAACAUGGUUUAAAGCAUGAACCAGAUAUAGUUUAUAUCACACACUAUAGACAUAUGUUUGCUAGAAACCUCACCAUGUAUUGA